AAUGGUCUAUAAAGCAUUGAUUCUGCAUACAUUUUCAUUAACAAACUAAACCAUGUCCAAUAUGGGUGUCUCUUGCUCUGAUGUACAAGUAAAAGAAGCCGUUCUCAUCACCCCUUUAGACCCAACACCAUCUCAUGUUCUUAAGCUUUCUUCAAUUGAUUCUCAACUUUUUUUGCGUUUUACAAUUGAAUAUCUACUGAUAUACCGCCCCGUGAGGGCGGUAGACAGGGAUAUGGUUGUGGCUCGGGUCAAAGAUGCUUUGGCCCGAGCCCUUGUUCCUUAUUAUCCAUUGUCUGGUCGAGUCAGGGCUCGACCAGAUGGCUCAUGUCUAGAAGUUGUUUGUCGAGGUCAAGGUGCGGUAUUUGUGGAGUCAAUUGGGGAGUUUAAAGUCUCGGAUUUUGAAAAGGCCCCACGGCAUGUGACAGAGUGGCGAAAGCUUUUGGCAUUGGAGGUCACGGAUGUUCUUAAGGGGGCCCCACCAUUGGUUGUGCAGCUGACGUGGCUUUCGGAUGGUUCUGUGGCACUUGGUGUCGGUUUUAGUCACUGUCUUUGCGACGGUAUUGGUAGUCUUGAGUUUUUAAAAUUAUUUGCCGAGUUAGCGACUUGUCAUGGGCUCGGGUUUAAACCCGAACCCAUUUGGGAAAGACAUUUACUUGACCCAACACCAUAUACCUUACCAACGAGUUACCACCCCGAGUUCAACCGAGUUACCGACCAUUGUAGGUUCAUGACUCGGUUCAACACAGAUCAACUCACUCCCACCUCAACCACAUUUCACGAAAAGAGACUAAAAGAGCUAAAAAACCUUGCGGCCUCAACGAGUCGACUUAGUAAAUCUUCAAUUACUUCAUUCGAAGUCUUGUCGGCCCAUAUAUGGCGAACUUGGGCCCGAGCAUUAGCCUUUCCACCGCAACAAACACUAAAACUAUUAUUUAGUAUAAACAUUCGUAACCGUGUCAAACCCAGUCUACCAACCCAGUACUACGGCAAUGCUAUAGUACUGGGUUGUGCCCAAACAACAUCAAAAGAAUUAACCGAGAACGCAUUAGGCUACGCCACCGAGCUAAUACGAGAAGCGAAAAACCGCGUCGACGACAAGUUUGUUCGAGAAGUGGUCGAGUUAGUAAACUUGCCUCGGGCGAGACAAGUACCUGACUCAGUGGGUGUACUCAUAUUAUCAGAAUGGUCAAAAGUAGGAUUGGAAAACAUUGACAUUGGAUUAGGAAGGCCUGUUCAGGUGUCACCGGUCUGUACAGAUAAGUAUUGUAUCCUACUGCCAGUACAAGAUCUUAGCGGUUCAGUGAAAUCAAUGUUGGCUGUCCCGUCUGUAUCUGUUGGCAAAUAUGAGCAUCUUAUCAGAGCCAUGGAAUAAAAUCGUUGACUUUUAUUAAUUA